AUGUAUGUUGUAAGCAUCACGUCGAUCUUUACGGGUCUGGCGGUUCUUAUCGUCGCUCUCCGGCUAUAUACUCGGUUCCACCUGGUGAAGGCUGCUGGGCUAGAUGAUUUGAUUAUAUCAUUUGCGUUGGCCUGCGACGUGUCAUUCUAUGUCUUUAUACUUCUUGGUAAGUGGUCCAUCUCAGCAAUGCUCCGCAACCAGCACACAUAUCUAACAAGUUUCUCCAUAGAACGAAAAUAUGGCCUCGGGACACCCACAACAGAACUUCCCACAGAAAUAUACCAGCGCCAAUUAUAUUGGCUAUGGCUUUCCGUCCCUUUCUACAACAUCACCAUGAUCUUAGCCAAGGUCUCCGCCCUGACCCUCUUCACCCGCGUCUUUCAUCCUCGUUCUUUCCUCAUAAUCACCUACAUAUUGAUAGGUUUCCUGGCCUUAUUUGGUUUAUGGACGACUCUGAGCGGUUUUGUCUACUGCGUUCCUGUCCACGAUUUCUGGAACCCAUCCCUGGAGGUCCGAAAGGAACAUUGUCUACCUGAUGCGCCUACCUGGUUCACCAAUGCCGGAAUCCAGACUUUUACCGAUCUGGUGAUUGUGGCUAUGCCCAUUCCGCUAUUGUGGAAGUUGCAACUACCCAAAAGACAAAAGUGGGGAGUAAUUGUGGUUUUUAGUAUUGGAAUCUUCAUUGUUGCCACCAGUGCCGGUCGCUUGUAUGAAUUGAAUAUCAUGGUUAGUGGAGGAGACUUUACUGAAGCAAAUUCCCAAGCAGCCCUCUGGUCCUCCCUCGAAGCAAAUGUAUCCAUCAUCUGCAUCUGCCUACCACCGCUCCACCCCCUCCUCUCGCGCAUCUUCUCAUACUUCUUCCUCCCCCGACCAGUGCGCUCAUCAUCUUCAAAGCGGCGACUUUCAACUAAAGCUUCGUUGAACGAGCCUCCCCAACGGGAUGACGGGAUCUGGUGCAACGAUCUGUUCAAUCCCACACCAGGGGGUUACUCUGCUAGCAUUUCCAAGGUCGAUACGAAUGAAGCAGAAGAGAAUGAAGAGGGAAUCCGUGUUGUGCGGGAGUUGAGGAUGCAGUCUGAUUCUAUUCCUCCCUCGGUCCCUGCUGCUUCUAUUCCUCCUUCUAUUCCUUCUAUUCCUUCUAUUCCUUCUAUUCCUUCUAUUCCUUCUGCCAAUACUCCCCAUAUAGAUCUGGAGACGGGGGAGAGGGUGAGGGGUAGUAUUGUGCAUGACAAUCCACGUGUGACGCUCAGUACUGAGAGGGAUUUUGGGGAUUUCGAGUUCCCAGACUAUAAGAAUAAAAUGAAUUCCCCGGUUUGA